AAAAUUACCGCUCCAAAACUAUAAAUCUAUUAAUUACAGCAUCUAUUUGCCAAAACAAUGUUUUGACGCUUUUUUAAAAUGGUUUGUUUAUAAUAUUUAUUAUAAUAAAAAUAAAGACUAAAGUAAAAAAAUAUUCAAACAGAAAUAAAAAAAAAUAUUUAAAAAGCAAUUAAAAUGCACCAAACAAUUCUAAGUAUCCCUGUGAUUUAUAAAAGGUAUUUAUUUUGUACUUUUUAUUUACUAUAAAGCCCUGAAAACAGGAAACGAAUACGUCAUGGGUGUAGCGGGGGAAGGGCGUUUCCGCUUUUCCUGUCAAUCAUACGGGAAAAUGGGCGUGGCGCGAGAGGACUUCGACCUAUGAGGGGAAAACUACAUUUAAAUCCAGAUAUGAAUACAUAAACAAUUCUAUUCGCGAACCCAAAACACGCGCGUCUAGCGUUUAGUCCGACCGAGUGUCGACAUAACGGGUCAAAGUCCCGGAUAACAGGCGUCGGCGUCCGCGGAGUACCCCCAGACGAACGGAAUCCGCUUUGAAUCUCGCCAUGGAGGGACUUUAACACCUUUAGCUUUAGCCCGUUAGCUCUGGAGCGCAUGCGUGUGUUUACAGUCGACAACAACACGCUCCCGUUUGCCGCGUGAAUGAGGGGGCUGUCGACGUGAUCGACGACCGAUGCCGCGGAGAGCGAAGAAGUGAAGGACGCCGCUGGAUCCUCAGGGAUGUAGGGUUUGUUUCAGGAACGCUCGGGCAACAGAUACCGGAGUUGGAGCAUUUCGGGCGCCUGACAUGGAGAAGAGCGAGAAGAGGUCCGGAUACUUCGCCAGGCUGAAGAAGAAGCGGCAGCUGAAGCGGAACCAAGCGGAAAAAGAGGACGCCGAGCAGAGCCAAUCGGAUUUAGAAUCCAAGACGCCGGUCAUCAGUGAGCCCGCUCCGAUUGGUCGAUCUCAGAAUGCGGAAAGAGGCCAGCCGGACGGAUCAGAUGAAAACACUAAAUCAUGCAGUCAGACCAAGAAAGAGAAGAGCAAGCCUCCAGGGACGGUGGAGUUCACUGUCGGACCGAAGGACACCCUGAACAGCAUCGCUCUGAAGUUCAACAUCACUCCUAAUAAACUGGUUCAGCUGAACCGUCUCUUCUCACACAGUGUAGUACCUGGACAGAAACUGUUCGUCCCUGCUGUGGACCAAUCAGAGCGCAGAUCUCCGCUCGACGGCUCUGAGCGUCUCACAGCGUCCGAGUCCUCCGAGAAAGUGAGGAAGAAUGAUUCCCCCGAAACCCGUAGCAGGACACUAGAAGUCCUAUUAAAAGACCCCGAACCCGGGAGCGGAUGCGGGCGGCCCGUGCGGAGGGAGACGUCUCCGCUGUCUGAAGACGAGAGUCCGGCCACCGUCAAGUUCCUCAAGAUGAGCUGCAAGUACUUCACGGACGGCAUGGGCGUUGUGGGAGGAGUGAUGAUCAUUACGCCCAACAACAUCAUGUUUGACCCGCACAAGUCUGACCCGCUGGUGAUCGAGAACGGCUGCGAGGAGUACGGCCUCAUCUGUCCCAUGGAGGAGGUGCUGUCUGUGGCUCUGUAUGACGACGUGUCCCGCAUGAAGCUUAAGGACUCGCUGCCGUCUGAUGAAGCCCAGGAUCUCUGUCCGUUAUACAGGCCGGGCGAGUGGGAGGAGCUUCCCUCCGAGCGGGAUCUUAACCCCUUCAGCCGUUACGAGGCUCUCGGAGCGCCCCACCGCCCGAUCGUGUUGGACGAUAUCGAGGCGGCCGUCUCGGAGAUAUCAGAGUGCCAGAUCGCCGACAAAUCUCCGUCGGACGAAGGCUUUACUGAACUGGAGCUCCUACAGAGCGACUCGAACACUACCGGCUCCGGCCCGGGGCAAAGAAAGACGGCGACGGACAAGUCCGCGACGUCCUUCCGCGCCGAGGAAGACGAGGACGAAGGCCUUCACAACCGCUCCACAGACGACAACGCAGAUCCGAGCAGGCCGGACGAAGCCGCGGUGCAUGAUGGGAAGGAAGCUGCCGCGGGAGUGAAGGAAGAAACCAGAACGGGGCGGGAGGCGUUCGUAAAUGGAGUCUCGGCGAUCGAGGCGUCGGCGGGCGACCAAAAAGCAAAGGCGACCCCGGAGGACUCUGGGAAGUGUAGUAGCUCGCCUGGACCAAACCUGGAGGAUGAUAACAGGGGACCGGACUCGAGCGUGGCGCUUUCCGAAGCCGAGCUGCGCAGACGGGCCAGCGAGGCCGAGAUGAAGUCAUGGCUGCUGAAAAGAAUGCAGAGACCGAUCGAAGAUAUGCUGCUGUCCAAUGAAGAGAAGAGCAAAGCUCCGCCCAUGUUCCUCUGCUUUAAGGUGGGGAAGCCAAUGAGGAAGUCCUUCGCCGCUGGUCGGACGUCUAGCCCCGCCCACUCGUACAUUGGCAGAGGGCGGCAGCCAGAAUAUUGGUUUGCUGUUCCUCAAGAGAGAGUGGACCACCUGUACUCGUUCUUCAUCCAGUGGUCUCCGGACACUUAUGGGAAAGACGCUCAGGAGCAGGGCUUCGUGGUCGUGGAGAAAGACGAGCUCACCAUGAUCGACAACUUCUUCAGCGACCCGGUUCCUCGGAGCUGGGAGAUUAUCACGAUUAAUGAGGCCAAGAGACGCCAGAGCUUCAGCUUCGAGGACGAGGAGCCGCUGGAUCUUCUUCCUGUGCUGAUGGACCCCAGCGCUCUUCUGGAAGACACGCACAUUGAGAAGUUGUCCACUCGUUUGCCGGCCCGUGUUCAGGGUUAUCCGUGGCGUCUGGUCUACAGUACGGUGGUACAUGGAACCAGCCUGAAGACCCUCUACAGGAACCUGAUGGAGCUGGACUGCCCUGUGCUGAUGGUCAUUAAAGACAUGGACAACCAGAUUUUCGGAGCCUUUUGCACUCACCCUUUCCGACUGAGUGAGCACUAUUAUGGGACAGGAGAGACCUUCCUCUACAGCUUCUGCCCAGAGAUCAAGGUUUACCGCUGGACGGGUGAAAACUCUUACUUUGUGAAAGGAAACACGGAUUCCCUUCAGAUCGGUGGAGGAGGGGGUCGCCUGGGCCUGUGGCUGGACGCCGACCUCUACCACGGCACCACGUCCAAAUGCUCCACCUUCAACAACCUGCCACUGUCCUCCAAACAGGACUUCACCGUCCAGAACCUGGAGGUGUGGGCCUUCGAAUGAGCGCCCGCGCCGUGCUAACAUCCACACGCUAACGUCCCCGCGCCACGCUCACGGCAUGAUGACACGAAGUCUACCUGACGCUUCAUCCCGUGCUAAUGGUUUUACGUGGUUUCUCCUGGUCUCAGCGCGGAGAGAGAGAGAGAGAGAGAAGUUCAUGGCACAGCUAUCCCAGCAUGCAAUACGUUCUCCUGCUGAAAUGUAACCGAUAUAUAAACACACAUAUAUACGUGUAUGUGAACCGCGGGGACUGUGCACGAUCUUCGGGAAGCGUUCGAAGCCGGUGGCCAAAUCUGUCGCUUUGAGGCCAGUAGCUUAAAUCGUAUUUUUUUUUUUGUUUACAUUGUGGCAAAAUGAUGAUGUAUUUUCACGUACAAUAAGGCCAAGAAGUCCACAGAUUGGUUUUGUUGACCAAAGCAUUUUAUUUGUUUCUUUUUCUAUUUGAGUGUUGUUUUUAUAUAUAUAUAUAUAUAUAUAUAUAUAUAUAUAUAUAUAUAUAUAUAUAUAUAUAUAUAUAUAUAUAUAUAUAUAUAUAUAUAUAAUAUAGGAUGUGACACAGUUCUUUGUGAUGAUUGUUUUGCCGUUUUUGUGAUAUUUUAGGGACCUUUUCUAAUUCGUUCUAAAGGGAAGCACUUGAAAUCGUGCCAGUAUUACUCGUGAACACUAUGGUAGUCGCACGCCUGAUUUCAUUAGCCAAGUCGAAUCAGGUUCACCACUUCACUGUGGGUUUGUGUAUGCAAUCACCGACCGAUGUCACUUCCUGUCAUGCGAUGAUUCCCGGUGCCGUCCGUCACCGCCGUGGAGGGCACCUCUCUUUGGACGCGUGUCCGCUCAUUUCACUACUAGACGGCGUCUGUGGGCAUUAACUAACCGCGUCCGUCCCUAAAAGCGCAUUCACGGCCCAUUAGUGGAAAGAGAAACGUUUACAAGUGUUUCAAAGUGUCUCUGAUUUCAAACACUGUCCGGUUGUGUGUGGUAACCAGUGAAUGUCGUAUUUAUUGUGUAUUUCUGUGUUUGAAAGUGAACCAAAUAAAUGCAAUAAACGAAAA